CUCUCACAUCAUCAACAACGAUCAACUCUCUCUCUCUUUCUCCCUCUACUCGAAUUAACUAACCCUUCUUUCUCUUUCUCUACAGGCUUUGUUUGAUUAAUUCUUUGUCUAAUUUCGUUCUGUAAAUCAAUUCGAUAUCUUGUUCUGCCUUUUCGCUUUCUCUCUUUUUUUCUUUUUUUGUGUGUAAUGAUGGAUGCAGGUAUGAACACUUCUUCGCACUUAAAGGCUCAAGCUCGUUGCCCGCUUCAACAACACUUCCUUCCCAGAAACAAUUCCAAAGAAAACCUUGACAGGUUCAUACCAAACAGAUCAGCCAUGGAUUUCGACUAUGCUCACUUCGCGCUCAUGGAAGGAAGAAAAGUGGAAGGAAAAGAACAGGUAAGUUCAUCACCAUCCAGAGAAGCCUACAACAAGCAACUCGCCGAGACGAUGAAUCUGAACCGGACACGGAUUCUUGCAUUUAGGAACAAACCUCAAGUUCCAGUCAAACCGUACUCUGCUUCUCUUCUUCACCAGCAACCUAAAUCCGUAAAGCCGCAACGUAGACACAUCCCUCAGACUUCCGAGAGAACGUUAGAUGCACCAGACCUUGUGGAUGACUUUUAUCUCAACUUGCUUGACUGGGGAAGUGCUAAUGUUUUAGCCAUAGCUCUGGAUCAUACUGUAUAUCUCUGGGAUGCUUCAAGUGGUUCUACUUCUGAGCUUGUGACCAUUGAUGAAGAGAAGGGGCCUGUCACAAGUGUUAACUUUGCACUUGAUGGUCGUAAUCUUGCAGUUGGGCUCAACAACUCUGAAGUCCAGAUAUGGGAUUCUGAAGCCAGCCGUAAACUGAGGACAUUGAAGGGUCACCACUCGAGAGUAGGAUCAUUGGCGUGGAACAAUCAUGUCUUAACAACGGGAGGGUUGGACGGGCAGAUCAUUGACAAUGAUGUACGGAUCAGAUCACACGUCGUGGGAACCUACAGGGGUCACAGUCAAGAGGUUUGUGGGUUGAAGUGGUCAGGCUCCGGACAGCAUUUAGCCAGCGGUGGCAACGACAAUGUGGUUCACGUAUGGGACCGUUGUUCCACCACGCAAUGGCUGCACAGGCUUGAGGAACACACAGCUGCGGUUAAAGCUCUUGCUUGGUGCCCUUUCCAAUCGAGUUUGCUUGCGACUGGUGGUGGUGGAGGAGAUAGGACGAUAAAGCUUUGGAAUAACCGGACAGGAGCUUGCUUGAAUUCGAUAGACACUGGCUCCCAAGUUUCUUCUUUGUUAUGGAGCAAGAAUGAAAGAGAGUUGCUUAGCUCUCAUGGGUUUACUCAGAACCAGCUUACACUUUGGAAGUAUCCGUCAAUGGUGAAAAUGGCGGAGCUCACUGGUCAUACAUCGAGGGUUCUGUAUAUGGCUCAGAGUCCAGAUGGUUGUACUGUAGCCUCUGCAGCAGGAGACGAGACACUGAGAUUUUGGAAUGUUUUUGGAGUACCAGACACCGCCAAGAAAUCUGCUCCAAAACCCGUUGCUGAGCCGUUUUCUCAUGUGAAUCGUAUUCGUUGAACUUGAAACUGUGAAGCUAUUGAUUACACAUAGGGAUAAACAGAGCCACUUUUA